AUGGCGUGCAUUGGCUGCCCCAACUUCCCUGAGACAGACGGCAUGGGACUACAACCUGCAACAUGUGAGGGCCACCUGCACAGCUUUGAGCCGCUCAAUUCUGGGUUUCUUCUUGAAGAGGAGACUCCACCACAGCGCUCUAAUGACCUCUGGAAAGAACUGACGUCGGGGCCUUUUUUAGAUUCCAUCUUGGGGGGUAGGUGUGGGGAGCGUGAUAUGCUGGACAUCAGUUUCCAAGGAUUGGUGGCCAUCAGUGUGCUGUCGGGAGUUCAAUUGACGGAACAUGCUGCCAGGGCUGCACCAUCACAGGACAGCUCGGUUCCCAGGGCCAUGGGUGCCUCUUUGAGACAGUUGGACACUUGGGCUCUGGCCGAAGGGCUUCGACAGUUGGCUGUAGCGGCUGAUGGCGGUGAUGGGAGCAUGAGGGAGUCUCUUUUAGAAACCGCAACCAUUGAUUCCCCAACAGAAACGGUGGGGUUAGAACCCCCACCACAGAAGAAGAAUAGGUGCAGGAACUGUCUCCGUUUCUACCUCACUGCUUUCUUCACACUUGUUGCCUGUUUCAGCUCCUUCGCAUUUUUAUUCCUUGUUCCUUUCAUUAUAGACCCAGCUUUCUCCACACUUUUUGCCGACUUCGACCCGGAGCCUAGAAUGUGUGUGACCAGGGAGUCCGAGUUCUUGUUUGGACUGAGUAACUGUUCUUGGUCUUCAUGUCGGGAGGGCUGCACCAAGGACGUCUUCCAGUGCAUACACAUAUUCGUCAACUACAAGAGGGAUACUGAGGGUGAGCUGACCGGCGUCAAUUACACAGAUGUCGACGAGAUAGAUCAAAUGGAGUGGGAUGUUGUCGACGCCAGGUUGUAUCCUAACGUAAAAGGGUGUGGUUAUCCUCCCACUGUCAACUGCACCAUAUUCAACAAGACCUAUAGUACUCCGGGGAGGACCUUCCCAUGUUACUACUCUAGAGAGCAGCCCAUGUUGGUUUUAAGCACUCUAGAUAUCGAAGCCGUCAAAUUAGACUUGGUGUACGCUAUCGUCAUACCAUGGGGCUCUUUUCUAGUGUCCAUCCUGUACCUGCUCAUCACCUAUGUCGGGAUGAAGAAGCCAGAUGCAGAGGGAGAUCAGCCACAGGAGGUUAGUUCUGCCAAGGCAUCAAAGGAGGCAUCAAACUACUCGCUACGCUCCAUCGGCAAGACCAUCAACCAGGGAAUGAACAAGUUAAGAGGCGAACCUGACGACAAGGGCGGGCAUGGAGGAGGAAACGGCGGAGGCGUUCUGAGCGGGUUCAAACUCGGACAGCCAACUUCGCCCUCUAUGUUGGGCUCGAACCUCCUGCUGGCCCCCGCGUAUCUGCCACAAGUGCACCCUACCCGCCGUGCCACGCUGCCCCCCCUGGAGAGGACGCCGCCCCUGCCCAGACCAGCAAGCUUCGGACCAUCGUUAUAUCGCGUGGCAGUAACAAGCCACAGAGACUCUGCUGAAACCUCCUUCCAUGAGGCUGAGUUCGUGGAGAGACACUUGUCAUGAAGAUGCGGCCAGGGUGGACGGCUAGAUGGUAAAGAGGUAGGGAGAUGGUGAAGGUGUUGCCUGGGAAGCAAGGAGACGGUGGAGAUGUUGCCUGAGAAACAAGACGGUGGAGAUGUUGCCUGAGAAACAAGACGGUGGAGAUGUUGCCUGAGAAACAAGACGGUGGAGAUGUUGCCUGAGAAACAAGACGGUGGAGAUGUUGCCUGGAGAAACAAGACGGUGGAGAUGUUGCCUGAGAAACAAGACGGUGGAGAUGUUGCCUGAGAAACAAGACGGUGGAGAUGUUGCCUGAGAAACAAGACGGUGGAGAUGUUGCCUGAGGAAGAAGACGGUGAAGAUGUUGCUUGAGAAAUAAGAUGGUGUAGAUGCUGCUUGAGAAACAAGACGGUGGAGAUGUUGCCUGAGAAACAAGACGGCGAUGUUGCCUGAGAAACAAGACGGUGGAGACGUUGCCUGAGAAACAAGACGGUGGAGAUGUUGCCUGAGAAACAAGACGGUGAAGAUGUUGCCUGAGAAACAAGACGGUGGAGACGUUGCCUGAGAAACAAGACGGUGGAGAUGUUGCCUGAGAAACAAGACGGUGAAGAUGUUGCCUGAGAAACAAGACGGUGGAGAUGUUGCCUGAGAAACAAGACGGUGGAAAUGUUGCCUGAGAAACAAGACGGUGAAGAUGUUGCUUGAGAAAAGACGGUGGAGAUGUUGCCUGAGAAACAAGACGGUGGAAAUGUUGCCUGAGAAACAAGACGGUGAAGAUGUUGCUUGAGAAACAAGACGGUGGAGAUGUUGCCUGAGAAACAAGACGGUGGAAAUGUUGCCUGAGAAACAAGACGGUGAAGAUGUUGCUUGAGAAACAAGACGGUGGAGAUGUUGCCUGAGAAACAAGACGGUGGAAAUGUUGCCUGAGAAACAAGACGGUCAAGAUGUUACCUGAGAAACAAUGAGACGGUGAAGAUGUUGCUUGAGAAACAAGACGGUGGAGAUGUUGCUUGAGAAACAAGACGGUGGAGAUGUUGCCUGAGAAACAAGACGGUCAAGAUGUUACCUGAGAAACAAUGAGACGGUGAAGGUGUUGCCCGAAGAGUGCUGUAAAUUAAGGACCACUCGUUAAACAGCAAUACAGCACUGGAAAAAUAAAGAAAACUAGGUGUUAGAAGAUAAUGGUUAUAGACUCCGCAAAUUAUCAGAGUAAAUUCUAUGAAUUCUCAAAGUAGCGGGACACAAAGAUAAUGGUAAAUUAACUGGUAAAAUAAUUUGUCAGAAAUGCUUUUUAACGACGCUGGAAUUGAAAAAAACUACCUGUUGGUAAAGGAAACAGGGAAGUGCAGUUCAUAAAGAUACAGGUGAAGAUAUGGGACAGUGACAGAAGAUAGUAAGAACCAACUGGGAGUGCAGUGCAAGAUUUCGAAUAAAAAUCUGGAUGUUCUCAGUAUGUUGAAGGUGUGAGUCCAUCAUUCAGGGAAGAAUGCAGCACAAGAGCUGGAAAUAAUAGGUCAGAUUUUAAUAUCUGGAAAGUGAUGGAGAAUUCAGAGGUUAAUAAUCUGCAAGUGCUGACGAACGGUGAUAUUAAUACCUGAAGAUUCUGCAAGCUACUGAAGUUUUAUAUCUGAAGUGCUAAGAAAUAUUGAAGUUUUGACUUCAAAAUUGCUGAGAAAUACUGAAGCUAAUACCUUCAAGGACUGACAAAUGCUGAAGUUAAUACCUGGAAGGUCUUGAGAAAUGCUCUAGUACUCGAAUGCGAUGAUAAAUAUUGAAGUUAAGAAUUUGAAAGUGCUGAGAAACACUUACUGCCUGGAGGUGCUGAGAAAUGUUGCAGCUGGUAUCUUCACUUGCUGUAAGAUUAAGUCUUGGUUAUUCUAAGAUAGGAUUCUUGAUAUUCUUCUAUUUUUCACUAAAUAAAAGACAAAGACAACGAAGAUAAUAAAAGUCAAAUAGAGUAAUGGUAGAGAAAUUUGUAGACAGCCAACGAUAUUUAUAUAGUUUGGCGCCGCAGCCUAAGGAAAUACAAGACUUUAGUAGGCCAGUGAUGUCUAAUAGAUUAACCUCAUUGACAGAUUAACCAUGUGGAGUCAGUAGGGACACAGUAGUAUGGCUUUAGGUUUAUGUAGACUGGAGACAGUAGUGGUUGAUGCAGUUCUUGUCUUCAAGGGUUCAUCUGUGCUGCUUUAGGUCAAGUCUGGAGUGUCUGGGUGAAGUCUAAUUGGUUCUUUGCGAAUUUAAUGCUAAUGUACAGUGACUCAUUAAAACAGUUGUUUUGAAAUUCAUUUCAGUUCUAAAAGAAUAUUCUCGGACCUCGAAAACAUUCCAGAUUUGGCCCACUUGUACUUGCAUAUCUGGUUCCACUUGCUGUUCUUCGUGUGCUGAUGAACUUUGUGGUGUUCUGCCUCCUUGUUCCACGUGCUGUUCUUCAUGUGCCGGUGAACUGUGUGGUGUUCAGUCUCCUUGUUCUCCCUCCGCCCUCCCACUGGCCUCGCAUCAGACAAUAACAGACAUUGCUUGCACAAAACUUCAUCUUGGAAGUGAGGUUUUUAGUGUUACGAGUUAGUACUCCGUAGAUUUUCUAGUGACCUGCUGAUGAUUAGUUCUAGCAUAAGCCAGAUGUAUGAACCAUAUGUAAUGUGUAGUGAAUGACAAGCGUAAAAGACAUUGUGUUUUAGGUUAAUGUAACUAUGACUAAAAAGAUCUCACACACACAUUUUAUAUAUAUAUAUA